UUUGUCUCGUUUAGAUCAUCCGAAGAAGAAAGAUGUCCGUCUGUCGACUUCUCCGCUGCUGCGGGUUUUCCAACUUUUCCCCACUUUGGCCUUUACUAGCACGCUCGGAAUUGCAUUCGUCGAAUCGUUUUUCUUUCUUCCUACGAGACAUUUCGUCGUCAAGCCGGUUGUCAGCAGCACUUAAAUUCACAGACAAGCACGAAUGGAUUCGAGUAGAAGGCAAUGGAAUCGGUACUGUCGGUAUCAGCAACUUUGCUCAGGAGGCCCUGGGAGAUGUGGUUUACUGUGGACUACCGGAAGUGGGGACGCAGCUGUCUCAACAAGAUGAAUUUGGAGCUCUGGAAAGCGUCAAGGCUGCUAGUGAGCUUUUCUCUCCGUUGACUGGGGAGGUCGUGGAGGUUAACGCACUGCUGGCUGACAAACCAGGCCUGGUCAACAAAUCUUGCUACAAAGAUGGUUGGUUAAUGAAGAUGACGAUUGCCAAGCCUUCCGAGCUGGACUCUCUGAUGGACGAGGCGGCCUAUGAGCGAUACGUCCGCUCCAUAGAGGACUAAAACCAGUCCGUUCCCUCUAUGCUCCUCAUAUAAACACCUGGCAGGGUGCACUGUCAGUGUUGUGCAAAUGUGAAGAAUAGAGGCUGAGAAAGGCUCACUUACUGAAAGGGAUCAGCCAAAGUUGAGUUGUUACAGCAUCAAAAAGCCCAAAAAUGAAAAGUGACGCUCAAGUCGGCUUUUUUUUUCCCCCCUUGAUAUUUCAGUUGAAGCAGGCACAAGCCUCCUGGGCGAGAAAAGCACUUUGAAUUUGUGUGAACACUGUGGACAACUGUACAAUGAACUUCAUGAUUGACA